CCCAGUAGACGUGUACACACACACACAGCCGUUGGCGGCCCCGGCGAAUGUAGAAGAAGAAGUUCAUUCGUGAGAGAACCUUCAGGUCGUGCAGUCCCCCCAUUCCCGUGGUUGUGUGUUGUGUGUGUGUGUGCGGCGCAAAAAAGGAAAAAAUAAAAUAAAAAGAAUUGGAAAAAAAAAAAGAAAUUGAAUAAAAGAAGAAGAAGUUUCUUGACAAACAGCAGCUGCUGCUGCUGCUGUGUGUGUGUGUGUAAGGUUCUUUUCUACACUCGAGUGUGUGUGUUGUGUGUGUGUGUGUGAUUUUGCAGUCCUCGUGUUGAACACACACAGAGGACAUUAGGCAAAACAGAAAAAUUUGUGAUUCUGUUGAAAUUGUGCGUGAAUUUGUCUAUUUUAUCUCGAGCAGACGACGACGACAUUUUUGUGCAAAAGACGUGCGGGUCGUGGACGAUGGUCUCUGACCGUGUCGUCAUCCUGGACACACGACUGCUGCAUCAUGGCUCCUGAGGAGCACCAAUUGAAUCUCGUCGACAUUUUGGAGGAGGAUUGGCAGGUUGCAGAACGGCUCCCAGUUGAUGGAACGUUGAUAUUCUCAUCUGGCGUUCGGAUCGAUUGAAAGAAAAAGAUACGAAAUAGGCAAGAGAUGGGGGCUCGGUCGUGGUCGUCAUCCGCCCCUUCAGUUCCGUCAUCUCAUCACCAGCAGCACCACCACCACCACCACCAAUCGUCUUCUACUUCUUCGACUGCGGCAACAACAACAGGCCAGGAGCCAGGAGCCGGGCCCUUCUUUUCAUCUUCUUCAUCUUCACUUUCAUCAUCUCCUUCUUCGUCGCCGCCAUCGUCAUCUUCGCCGUCGCCCACCGGCGGCAAAAAACACCGUCACCACCACCACCACCACCACCACUACAACCACUUGCAACAACAGGCCAAACAACAACCGACAAGAACAUCAGAGCGUCACGCUUUCUUUCGGAUUCCGGUCACUGGAGAAGGAACGAAGAAGCCACUGGACCUGACGCCUCAAUCCGUGGCGACGGCCAAAGCGGCUGUGGCCGCGGCGGCCCAAAGAGCCGAAAGGAACUUGUCGGUCAGACGGGACCUGGCCCUGGACUUGCCGACAUGUCCGACCCUACCGGAUGGAGAGGAGAAACCCUACGGCUCCUCGACUCGACUCCGCAUUCGCGACCACGACCAGGAAAGCGAAAUUUACCGGGAAUGCAUCCGGCCGCCACCCAACCGGACAGUUCACGAAACUUCCACCAGUUUUCCACCAUUCCGCUGCAAUUCAGAGAGCAUUCUGACGGGUCACCUGCCUACGUCUGACGGUUCCGGCCGUGUCGGACAUUCUAAAACGGCCGGUCCGUCCUCCUCCUCCUCUUCAACCAUAACCACCAACAACUCACAGUCGUCGUCUUCAUCGUCAUCUUCCUCCAUCAUGGCCGUCUAUUGCUGCACCAGUGCGUCUUACAGCAGUUCCACCAGCUCCUUGUCGUCAAACAGUUACGGCAGCAGCGGAGGCGGCGGCGGAGGCUACGGAUAUCGCAAUCUCCGCCAACCGCUAAAACAACAACAUCAGCCACUACUACAACAACAACAGGAGCGAGAAAACGGCAGCGACGGCAAGGAUCUGUUUUCAUCGGCUCCUCCUCCUUUGUCCGGCACUCGAUUGCUGCUGGACAUUCACGGCCAGCCGAUUGUGACGCGGAGUAAGAGCAUGAGCACGGGCAGCAGCCUGCAACAACAAGACGCUCCUUGUUCGUCGAGUUCGUCGUCGUCUUCUGGCAACUUGUUGUCCGUCAUGGUUCCUUUCCCUCCUCCUAUGCCACAACAACAACAACAACAGUUGACUAUUCCUGCGGCCACUUCUUGCGCCAGUAAAACGCUGGAAUCGGCGGUGAAAUCCUGCGUCCGCUCGUUUCGUGAUCGAGUCCACCCGUCGGGCAAGAGUUCCGCUCCUGCUGCUCCUGCAAUCAGCUGUUUGGUCCCACCGGUGGGAGGAGCGGUGGGCGGUGUGGAUAAUGCAGGAUAUGUCGAGUCCAGCGCGGGUGGUGGUGGUGGUAGUGCAAGUGCCAGUGGUUGCAGUAGUAGGUGGCCCAGUGCGACGACGACACUGCCGGAACAACAACAACAACAACACAAUAACAACAACAACAACAAUUCGCAUGCGACAGAAGAGUCAUCUAGUAGCAGCAGUCGGAGUAAACUGGCCAACUUGCCGGUCGUUCCCUGCGCUUCGGCCGCCUCCACUUCUCCGAGUCAAACCAGACGGGACCUAUGAAAACAACAACAACAACAAAACGGACACGAAAAAAAAAAAACAAAUUUUUUGUUUUGAUGGAAUAAAAAUGUUUCUUCUUCUUCUUCUUGGAUGUGUAAACAACAAGGAUUACGUUCGCGUGUGUGUGUGUGUGUGUUUGUGUCUAAUAGGAAGAAUUUAACAAUUUUUUUUUUGUUCUUGGGUUGGAACCGGAAGCUGAUGGAGAGUAUCUCAAAGUCUUUCAUUGUGUGCGUGUGUGUGUGUGUGUGUGCAAGUAUUGGAGCGUUCGAGACAAUUUAAAAAAAAAGGAAACGAGAAGAAAAGAAGAAGAAGAAAAUGAUAAACAAACAAACAAACCCAACACACACCCAUUUUGUGCUUUCCUUCUCUCUCUCUCUCUGUCUUAUCUGUCUCUCCUUUUCUUUCUGUUUUCGCCUUUUUUGGGCCAAUAUUUUUCUUUUUUUGGGGGGUGCCCAUUUUGUGUGGCUCCUCCCUCCUUUCCUCCCCCAGUGCAGACGAACGAAGAAGAAAAAUUGCGCCGCAGUAAAAAGAAAUGGACGCAAAAUAAAUGCUGGACAAUUGUGAAGCGACAUCUUUAAAGAAGAAAAAGAAAUAUAGGCCUCUAUUAUUAUUAUUAUUAUAUAUACCUUCGGGCUUUCUACACCAAUUUUUACGUUUUCUUUUCUUUGUUUUUUGUUUUUUUAAAUUGACAAUUUUUCGGCCGGUCACAUAUAUUAUACACCCUCCUCCCGCAUUUUUUAUUUGUUAUUAUCACAGCAUUUGUGUAUUUUGUCUUGAUUCGCCCAUGAUGUGAUUUUUUUUAAAAAUUCAUCAAAUCUUGGAAAUGUUUUAAAACAAAUUUUUGUUUUUUAAAAUUGAAAAUGAAGAAGAAAACAAGCAGCUCGGGACCAGCCGUGAUUGCAAGCGUGAUCGUGUGUGUUUAUCUGUGUGUGUGUCGAGACAAGGAACUAUAGAAGAGAAAGACGAAAUGUUUCGACUUUAGUUGUGUGUGUCAUCUCCAAUGGGGGAAAAACCAGGAGGAAUUAUUAUGUUGUUCCUCUUCCUUUUUUUUAAAAUUUAAAUGUGUGUGUGUAUUUCCGGCCAUUUUAUUUUUUUACAACCUCUUGUUAUUUAAAAAAAAAAAAAAAAAUUUGAGGAAAUUUUUUUUUUUUUUAAAUUUUUGGCGCGAAUUUUUAUUUUUUGAAAUUUCGCGGGUUUUUUUUCGUGUGUGGGAAAUGGUCAAGGGUGGACAAUAUUAUUUUUUAAAAAAUCAAAGACGACAGCGAUGUUAUUUGAUUGGAAGGAAUUGUGUUUGAUUGUGUUGUCGUCAAUUUGUCCAGUGUCGGUUCCGUCCGGAGACGUUGGAAAUCGAAAAAACAGAAAGACAUUUUGUUUUUGUUUAUUUUUCGUUUUGAAAUAAUUUUUUCAAAAUUUCGAUUCGACGAGACCAUACAAGAAAGUGUCAGCUGCUGCGCUGUUAAAAGAAGAGAAGAAUACUGGAUCAUUUGUUGUGAUAAAUAUUGACUCCUCCCCCUCCCAUCUCUCACCCUCCUUUGUGUCAAUUCAUUUUUUGGUUUUGUUGGGAUAAAAAUAAUGUUCGGUGUACACACACACACACAUCCCUCCUUACCCACACGCAUUUUUAUCCCCCCCGUUGCAAUUCUCUCUUCCCCCCAUCAAAAUUGGACUGACCACACACCACCAUAUUGUAAUCAUGGUAAUCUCUUACGGAAAAAUAUUUGUUCUUCUUUUUUGGCUUUUUCAACGAAAAAGGAAUUCUUUUUUUCUUGUCUUUUGUGUUCAUAAAAAAAAACAAUUUUCGAAAUUUAAAAAAGAAGGAAAGAAAAAUUUCUAAAAUAAUAAUAAUAAUACAAUCCGCACUUGUGAAAUGUGAUUUUAUUACUUAUAUAUAUAUAUCAUUUUUACGUCAUCCCCACAUACAGCCACACGAUCCAUCUGAAUUUUAAAAAGAAAAAGAAAAAUUAAAACUUUUGUAUAAAUCGAACCUAUUUAUCCCUCCCCCCCCCAUUUUUAUUUUUUUGGAUUAUCCUUCAAAAACCUCAAAAUC